AUGAUUAAAGCGAUUCUGGUGUUCAAUAAUCAUGGCAAGCCGCGCUUCAUACGAUUCUACCAACACUUGCCAGAAGACACGCAGCAGCAGAUUAUCCGGGAGACCUUUCAUCUGGUGUCCAAGCGGGAUGACAAUGUCUGUAAUUUCCUGGAAGGAGGAAGUUUAAUUGGUGGGUCUGACUACAAGCUGAUUUAUCGCCAUUAUGCCACGCUGUACUUUGUGUUCUGUGUGGAUUCCUCUGAAAGUGAACUGGGCAUUCUUGACCUCAUCCAGGUUUUUGUGGAGACGUUGGAUAAAUGUUUUGAAAAUGUAUGUGAACUGGACUUGAUCUUUAAUGUGGACAAGGUACAUUAUAUUCUACAUGAAAUGGUGAUGGGUGGGAUGGUUCUGGAGACCAAUAUGAAUGAAGUUAUUGCACAGGUAGAAGCACAGAACAAGCUUGAGAAGUCUGAGAGUGGUUUCUCUGCAGCUCCAGCAAGAGCAGUUUCCGCUGUGAAGAGUAUGAAUUUACCGGAAUUACCGCGCAAUAUUAACAUUGGUGACCUGAACAUCAAGGUUCCAACCUCUCUCCCACUUAGUAUG